CCUGAUAGGAUGAUUUGAAUGAAUUGGACCAAUUGGUGAUGUGGUGUGGAUUGUGUAAGAAUUUGAAAUUUGAAAUUAGAAUUUGAUGGAAGCUGUCAACCUCCAACUUCAUCACCAACUCAUGAUAAGACCUUAUCUCUCAUUCCCUUCCAAAUUCAACCUCAAAUGGUGUUUUUCUCUUUACUCUCACUCGACGACACCCUUCUCCUCCGCUUCCGCUUCAACAAAAUCCGUAGGGGUUGGCGAUAGGGCUGCCGCCGCCAAGGUCUCCGACGCUGCUCAGCUCAAACACAACUGGUUGGCCUCUCUCUCUUGCCCUUUUCCUCAGAACCCAGACACCUUGGAUUCGACCAGUACCAAUUCGGAUUCCAGUUGGGUCAUUGGGGUCGACCCGGAUGUUUCUGGUGCUUUUGCCCUCUUGAAAGGGGAUGAUGACCCUGCUUCUUCUUCUGCUCAGGUAUAUGACUCUCCACAUUUAAAAGUUCUGGUGGGUAAAAGAGUUCGGAGGCGUUUAGAUGCAAAGUCUAUUGUUCAGUUGCUCGGCAGUUUCGAUGCUCCCCCUGGCACGGUUGCAUAUGUAGAGCAGUCGACCCCCUUUCCACAAGAUGGAAAGCAGGGAUGGUGGAGUGGAGGUUUCGGGUAUGGACUAUGGAUUGGGAUCUUAGUUGCCAUGGGGUUUUCAGUUAUUCCAGUGUCAUCUAUUUCGUGGAAGAACAAAUUUGAAAUCAGCGGAAGCAUGUAUACAAAGGAUGAUAGCCGGAGGGUUGCGUCUGCAUUAUUUCCAUCAUUGAGUUCCAUGUUGGAAAGGAAAAAAGAUCACGGGAGGGCUGAUGCACUACUCAUUGCCGCAUACGGAAAAGGGAUAAAGUCAGACUUAUCAUCCAAUCCAGAGAUACCUUAAAUCCUGCAGAUUGCCCUUCUCCGAGCAUCACACUUCAUCUCCAUUUGUUAUAAACAAAAGAGAGGAAUGAUGUGUGCAGCAUGCAGCAGCUUGGAAGAUUUUCUAAGAUUCAGAUAAUUGCAAAGACAGUUGGAUUAUUGGCUUCAUGGCUAACAAAGGUUUUCGGGAACUAAUUCUGGCAGGGCUUUUGUGGUUUAUACUUUGGUCGGAGGCUUGAUUGGGAUGAAAAGAUUAAGAACAUUAUGUUGAUCAACGGCACUUUAAUCGCGAGUCAUCAGUUCUAUGCUCCGAUUUUAAUAUAGAAGCCUGUAAUAGUUCAGCUGAGCUGGGUCUAGAACAUUAUUGUGUACUACUAUUAGUUGUUGAUCCUCAUGAGACUUGAUUCACCUUCAUCAAUAGACUGUAAUGUAACAUUGCUAUUAUUCUAACCGUACUAAUUUGCAAGGGGCUUGUAGCAACAAUUAUUGGCGUCA